GGUGGAGUCCGGAGAGCGCGCAAGACCACGCGGUGGGAGUGCGGCGGACCCAGAGUGGGCGGACGGGUGGGCGAGGCGACGCGGCUCUUCGUUCGGCAGCGAGCUCCGGUCAAGGCUCCGCGCGGGGGGCGUGGGGGAGGCGAGAGCCCCGUAGUAAAAGCGCGCGGCUGCAGACGGGCAGCGCCUGCUGGACGACCGUAUGUCCCUCUGGCUGCGGGAGGCUGCCCGCGCCAAGGAAGGUCGCCGGGAGUCCCGAGAAGCUGGGACGGGAUGCAGCUCUCGCUGCUGCUGCUCUUCUCGACGUGCUGGUGGACGUUGGGGCCGGUAAACAGUAUUCACCCAGAAUGCAGAAUGCAACAGGAAAUCUAUCAAGAAGAAAAAAAGUGUAUGGAACGUCUAAAGAAUGCCAAUACAGUGAGUUUAACAGGAUGUGCUGGGGUCUGGGAUAACAUUACCUGCUGGCGUUCUGCAGAAAUUGGAGAAACUGUAACAGUCCCUUGUCCGAAAAUCUUCAGCAAAUUUUUCAGCAAACAAGGAAACAUCAGCAAAAAUUGUACAAGUAAAGGAUGGUCAGAGAUGUUUCCACAUUUUUUCAUUGCUUGUGGAUUCAAAGAUAUCGAAGACAACCCGGUUUUCUAUGUUUGGGUGAAAGCAGUUUAUACCCUCGGACACAGUGUUUCCCUCAUUGCUCUGAUCACAGGAAGCAUCAUUCUUUGUGUUUUCAGGAAACUUCACUGCACUCGGAACUACAUACAUUUGAAUCUGUUCCUGUCUUUCAUUUUAAAGGCAGUCUCUGUCUUAGUUAAAGAUGGAAUCCUCUAUUCCGACACUAGUACAGAUAAGUGUUCAGAUGUUCAUGCUUCUUGGGUCGGCUGCAAGGCUAGCUUGGUAUUUUUCCAGUACUGUGUAAUGGCCAAUUUUUAUUGGCUCUUAGUUGAAGGACUUUAUCUCCACAUCCUCCUCAUGAUCAUGUUCUCUUCUAACAGACACUUCACCGUGUAUCUCCUUACUGGAUGGGGAAUCCCUACAAUUUUUAUAAUCAUAUGGAUAAUAACUAGAGUUUAUCUAGACAACAAUGGUUGCUGGGAUACAAAUGAGCAUAGUGCUCCUUGGUGGAUUAUACGAGUACCAAUCCUAAUUUCCAUUUUAGUAAAUUUUAUAAUUUUCAUUAGCAUUAUAAGAAUUCUGCUCCAGAAGUUAAGAUCUCCAGAUGUUGGAGGCAAUGAACAAUCACAAUACAAGAGACUUGCAAAGUCAACGUUGCUUCUGAUUCCACUUUUUGGUGUUCACUAUGUGGUGUUUGCAGUCUUUGGCGUUUCUAAUUACUACCAGAUAGUUUUUGAAUUAUGCCUGGGUUCUUUUCAGGGACUGGUUGUUGCAAUCCUGUAUUGCUUUCUGAACAGUGAAGUUCGAGGAGAGCUGAAAAGAAAAUGGAAGAGCUGGUGUCUGAAUGAAAGAAUAAGCCGCGAUUACAAAGUUCACAGGUCUUCUGUUUUUCCAAAUGACUCAGAAGGUGGCUCCCAUUUGCAUCGCAACUCGGCCACUCAGUUUUCUUCUCAGACAGAAACUUCGGUGAUAUAAGUCAUCUAGGUGCCUAUGUAAAAACUAUGGAGCAUAUCCCUGGGUAUAUAGUUCAUUCAUUGUGCUAUUUUCUAAUGUGUAGAGUUUGUACUCCACUUUAUCUAUAUGUCAAGAUAGAGGGAUUUCCAGCCUAUGACAGCUGUCUUUUGUACUUGCUUUUAGGAUUUGGUUAUGAUAAAACCUUUUUCCUCUAUUAAUUCCCUCCCCCCAACUGUGUAUUCUGCAAGUAGCCGUAAAAAUUUAAUAGUCACCAUCCACAUUUGGUUUAAACCUCUGAAAAGUCAUCAAAUCAUGCAGCAAUUAGUUUCAUCUGUUGAAGAAAUGUUUCUUUUUACAAAGCUGGUUCCAAAGAUUAUAUGUUUAGAUAUUAAAUCUGUUAAUUCUGCUACAAUUAUUGUCCUUUUGCAGAAUCUUGAUUCUCAUUAGUGUAACCUGUGCAGAUAGUCCUUUUUAGCAACCAUAAUUGGGAUCAGCAACUUGGUUGUUAAGCAAAACAGUCUCUAAGUGAAAUACGAUUUUUAUGGUCUUUAGCUUUCCUUUGCUUUAUGAACCUAUGAAGGUCAUAAAUGUGAGGGACUGGUCACAAAAUUAUUUUUUCAUCAUCAGCGUAAUUAUGAACAGUCACUAAGCAGGACAGUUGCUAAAUGUGGGCUACCUGUAGAGAAACCUGCUGCUUAUUUUUGCAAUAUCAUAUGAUUGAAGACUGUGAAUUUGCGUGGACUUUAAAACCUAGAAGGGUCAUAUGUACACAGCACUGGCUUUCCAUUCCAAACAAGCUGCUUACGCAAGUAUGAUUGUGACCAUAGAAUUGAGGCUUGUAGUCAUAGCUCAUCUGAGUUCUCAUGUAGGUGAACAAUUGAAGGGAUUUGAAUGCAAAGUAAAAAUGAAAAACUAAAUGUUACGUGUUUGUGAGUUAUCAGAGCAGAUAGCACUUUCUUGGCAGAUGAAAUAGAAUUGAAAUGCAUUUGAAAAAGGGGAAAUCUUUAGUAUCAACCUUUUUUUUUUGUCUUUUUCAUGUUUCCGUGAUCUUCCAAAUGCUGUCAUUUAUCAGUUUUCUCAUAUGUUGUUUUAAUAUUAUUUAUUGUGUGCCUUUUUAUAUUUCCUGUAAUGCAGUGUUUCCCAAACUUGACAAUUUUAAGGCAUGUGGACUUCAACUCCCAGAAUUCCACAGCCAGCGUUGCUGGCUGUGGAAUUCUGGGAGUUGAAGUCCUCAUGCCUUAAAAUUGUCAAGUUUGGGAAACACUGCUGUAAUGUAAUGUAUUUUGAUUAUUCCCAAGUUUUCCUUUUUGUUAGCUUCUGUGGAUUUCUGUAAAAUAAGACUAAAGCACUUACUGAGAGACAUCGCUGCCACCUCUCCAUAAUGUUACCUGAUUUUAUUAGAUUUCUAUUUGUUUUUAAUGCCCUGGCCCUGGAAUCCCAAUAAAAAAAUUCCAAUCUCUUUUUUAUGAAGAGGGAGGCCUUCAACACUAAAAGUAAAAGUUUGAUCACAACAUAGUCUUUGUUUUCAGAUAUGAUGGGUUUGCAACUUCCAACACAACUUGUUUCAUUGGAUUGUGCUUUUAUAAUGCUUGAAAAGAAGAAUGAUAAACCUGUAUGCCUAGGGCCAGCAGUGGACUCCAAAACAAAUAUUUUCCCUGAGUAGUUUCAUUUUUAGAUAAAUAUUUAUGGUAAUUUCAACCAGAAUAGUAGUAAACUCAGUUAUUUCCAGUUUUAGGGUGUCCCCUCCAUUAUACCUCUCUCUCUGAUUUGCAUUGCCUCUACAAGGAAGGAAUGAGUCAAGAUGAGUCUAAAAUACUUUGCUUUAGAAUAGUCAGCAUAUUUCAUCUACUUGAUGUCAGUGACCUUUACAACACAACCAUAUUCAAAUAUUCUGAUGGUUCUGAAUGGAAUAAGGCAUAGUAAUGCGUUAAAGGAAUAUUUUACAAGUUGCUGGGCUUUAAAUGCGUUGGAUUAUUAUUCCCAGACUUUCUGAUCAGCCAAUAAGAAUUCUGGGAGAUUUUACUCAGACACAGGUAGUUCUCAUUUAUCUACCACCUUGUUCAGUUACAACAUUGAUGAAAAAGUAACUUUGCAACCAAUUUUCACAUUUACAACCUCUGCAAGUCUUUAAAACAAAAGAAAGCUGAAAUAAGAUCAUAAGCACAAUCACCAGUUUUAUUUAACGAGUGCUUUGCUUAAUGAUGGAAUUGCUAUUCCCAGUUGUGAUUGCUAAAUGAGAACUAUCUGUAUUUUAAAUCUCCAGAUGGUAGAUGGUUAGUCUACAACUAGUUAAUAUCUUUGGAACAGCAAUUUGCUUUAAAUAAAUAGAAAGUCAGGCAUAUAUUCCUGGAAGUAUGUCCCAUGAAUUCUGCAGAGUGUUGCCUCUCUUUGGCUAUUUGCUAAAGCUGGUCUGUAUAUGCAGAACAAUUUUUUAUUAAUUAGUAUUUUUUUCAUUUCUCCCAGAAUGAAAAAGCUAGUUUUCUUAAAGAAUGCAACAAAUGCACCCACUGAUAAAAGGCAAAAUAAAAAGCAUAAUUCUGCAUAA